CCGGUGGCAUGAAUUACGAAAAGCAGAACCUACUGACAAAGAUGUGGCGGCGUUUGGCAGGUCGGCCCAUCCUGGGUUUAACCCGAGCUCGCAUCCUCGAAGGAGAGCCAGUCUCGCCUGCACCCUCAAACUAGAAAGAUGGCGCCUGGAGGAGUAACGAUGCUAGUGGUGGUGACGGUGAUGAUGGCUCUGCUUCCCGCCGGGGCUCCGCAGACGUCGGGCGUCGCAAUCAGCUCGGUCGUGGACGACAACGGGAUCGUCAGCGGGGAGUGUGCCUACAUCAACGGCCGCGGAGAGCCUAUCAAGAUUCGCUUCCGCGAAUCCCCAACCGGGCAGAUCGAGGCUAACGCCGACAGCGCCUCCGUCAGAGACGCUGUUGCCGAGCUAAGAGUGUGUCGUCAGGCGGCUGCCGCCGUCAACACCAGGGUGAGUGCAUCCCUCCGUGGCCUGAACGAACAGCUCUCUCAGCAACAGCGAGAACUGGAAGACGUGAUCUACAGGAGCAUCCCGUUCAAUCUCUUCCGUCGGCGUUGAUUUGGUCAGUACCCGACCCAACGGCGUUGAUUUGGACAGUACCCGACCCAACGGCGUUGAUUUGGACAGUACCCGACCCAACGGCGUUGAUUUGGACAGUACCCGACCCAACGGCGUUGAUUUGGACAGUACCCGACCCAACGGCGUUGAUUUGGACAGUACCCGACCCAACGGCGUUGAUUUGGACAGUACCCGACCCAACGGCGUUGAUUUGGACAGUACCCGACCCAACGGCGUUGGUUUGGACAGUACCCGACCCAACGGCGUUGAUUUGGACAGUACCCGACCCAACGGCGUUGAUUUGGACAGUACCCGACCCAACGGCGUUGAUUUGGACAGUACCCGACCCAACGGCGUUGAUUUGGACAGUACUCAACCCGACAGCGUUAAUUUGGCUAUCUCAACCGUUGGAAACAAAACUCCCUUUCCUUUUUUUUUCAAAUGUCAACAAAAUUAUGAUUUCUCUCUUAAAAUGUAUAUUCAUUCGAGUCUUCCAAUAGACUUUCAUAAUCAUAGUUUUUAGGAGGAAAUCAGUGGGAACCAUUUGGAUAGUUUUAAUGUAGUGGUUUUGAUUUUAGACAUUACAUCCCUUUGAUAUCAUUUUUCUUAUUUACUGGAACUUGAAAUUAAAAAAAUUAUACAGUAUGUUUAUGUAAUCAUCUUGCAUCAAUGAUUGUUAGAUGAGUAAAAAUGAAUUCCAUCACAUCAGGAUUAAUGUAUUUGUUUAAUUCUUGUCGUAAUAUGUGGUUGUUAAAAUGUAAUAAUUUUUGUUAAAUGUUACUGUUAUUUAAAUAAAAAUUUAAAUGAUAAAAGCUUAAAAAUGUACAAUUUUAAUAUAAAAUAUUAUAAAAAUUAAAUAUUAAUGUUGAUUGUAAAAAAAAAGUUAACGUUAAUUCUUUUAAACAAAUAAAUGGCAAUGUUAAAUGUUAAAAAUUGCUAAUAUUAAAUUAAAUUUUGUUGCAAUGUUAAUGCUAAAGAUGCAGAUGUUUUAACUGUUAAAAUAAGGGCGACGAUAAGGGAUAAAUGAAGUGAAUUUAGACAA